GUCUAUGAAGAAGGCCGCGAUGACACUAAAAAAGAAGAUAAGGAUGAAGGGAUUCUUCCUCCAGUUACUCAAGAUGAAAAAGCGAACCUUGACCAAUUGAUCUCCAAUCAACACUUUACCCAACCUCCACCCCGAUAUAGUGAAGCAAGCCUGGUAAAAAAACUGGAAGAAUUGGGAAUUGGGCGCCCAUCGACUUACGCUUCCAUUCUCCAUACACUUCAGGAUCGAAAUUAUGUUCGUCUUGAAAAGCGUCGUUUUUGGACAGAAGCCAGAGGACGAAUCGUUACCUCCUUUUUGACACAUUUCUUCAAACAAUAUGUAGAAUAUGACUUCACAGCAAAACUUGAAGAUCAGUUGGAUGAUAUUUCUAGUGGAUCUUUUUUAAAAUGGAAAGAUAUUUUAAAUGAUUUUUGGACGCAGUUUAAAGCACGCACAGGCGAGGUUUCAGAAGUCCGCACUACUGAAAUUAUCGACACUUUAAAUGAAGAUCUUCUGGACCUUUUUGUCGAAGAUCGAGCAUGUCCAGAGUGUAAAACAGGUUCUUUAAGCUUGAAAAAUGGACGUUUUGGCGCCUUUAUCGGAUGCUCCCGUUAUCCGGACUGUGGGUAUACCCAACAACUCUCUUCUGGUUCGAAAAAAGAAGAAGGAGACGCCCCAGAAGACAAUAAACUUCAGCUAGAACGUGUUGAGCCUAAACUCCUUGGAACAGAUCCGGAAUCUUCUGAUGAAAUUACCUUGCGUAAAGGACCGUACGGUUUUUAUUUUCAGUGGGGUGAAGCAAAAGGACGUGGCAAAGGGAAACCCAAACGUGUUGGAUUGCCAAAAGGGUAUACACACGAACAAGCCAGCUUAGAGUUAGCCCUUUCACUGGCCAGUCUUCCACUAGCUUUAGGGCAAGAUCCGGAUUCCGGAGAAGAAGUUUCUGCAGGUUUAGGGCGUUUUGGACCUUAUAUUAAAGUUGGAAAAAGCUUCACAUCCCUUCCAAAAACAGAUGAUGUGCUCACCGUUUCUUUAGAACGCGCCUUAGAAGUUGUUAAAGAAGCGCCAAAAAAAACACGUUCAAAAAAGCAAGCUUCUAAGUAA